CUUUAAGAGGACGCUCUCCUGUUGCAUGGGAGAAUCUGGCUGGUAUUUUUCCACUCAAACUUGAUGUCUUAUGGUCAUCCGUUUUAAAAAAACAAAGGUCAGAAAGAAAAGCUUAUGAAUUAUUUUUUGUGCGCGUUACUGUCGCAUUCUACUUUAAGCCGCCGAACAUCAAACAAGGAGCAUUCGCAGAAAUAAAAGAAAUCUUUACACAGCAUGGCUCAGAAGGAGAAGCUGCAGUGCCUGAAGGACUUCCAUAAGGACACGCUGAAGCCGUCGCCGGGGAAGAGCCCGGGCACACGCCCGGAGGACGAGGCCGAGGGCAAGGCCCCGCAGCGCGAGAAGUGGGCCAGCAAGCUGGACUUCGUCCUGUCCGUCGCCGGAGGCUUUGUGGGUUUAGGGAACGUGUGGCGCUUCCCCUACCUCUGCUACAAGAACGGCGGUGGGGCCUUCCUCAUCCCGUACUUCAUCUUCCUCUUCGGCGGGGGCCUGCCGGUGUUCUUCCUGGAAGUGGCGCUGGGGCAGUACACCUCAGAGGGGGGCAUCACCUGCUGGCAGAAGCUGUGCCCCAUCUUCACUGGUAUCGGCUACGCCUCCAUCGUCAUUGUGUCCCUGCUGAACGUGUACUACAUCGUGAUCCUGGCCUGGGGCCUGUACUACCUGUUCCAGUGCUUCCAGACGGACCUGCCCUGGUCGCGCUGCAAGCAGAGCUGGAACACGGACAGCUGUGUGGAGGACAUCGUGCGCAAGAACAAGAGCCUGUGGCUGGCCUCCAACGUCACCAACUUCACCUCUCCCGUCAUCGAGUUCUGGGAACGGAAGGUGCUGAACAUCUCCAGUGGGAUAGAGGAUCUGGGGGGGGUGAAGCCGGAUCUGGCGCUCUGCCUCCUGGCUGUGUGGGUCGUCUGCUUCUUCUGCAUCUGGAAGGGAGUCAAAUCCACCGGCAAGGUGGUGUAUGUGACGGCCACCUUCCCCUUCGUCAUGCUGAUCGUGCUGCUGGUGCGCGGCGUGACCCUGCCUGGAGCUUCAGAGGGGAUCAAAUUCUACCUGUACCCCGACCUGUCCCGCCUGAGAGACCCUGAGGUGUGGAUCGAUGCCGGGACGCAGAUAUUCUUCUCCUACGCCAUCUGCCUGGGCGCCAUGACGUCACUCGGGAGCUACAACAAGUACAAAUACAACUGCUACAGGGACUGUUUGCUGCUGGGAGGCCUGAACAGCGGUACCAGCUUUGUCUCAGGAUUCGCCAUAUUUUCGGUCCUGGGCUUCAUGGCACAAGAGCAAGGGGUGGACAUAGCCGAUGUGGCAGAGUCAGGACCCGGCCUGGCCUUCAUCGCGUACCCCAAGGCUGUGUCCAUGAUGCCCAUGCCCACACUCUGGGCCAUCCUCUUCUUCAUCAUGCUUCUGCUCCUGGGGCUCGACAGCCAGUUUGUGGAAGUGGAGGGACAGAUCACCUCGCUGGUGGAUCUGCACCCGUCCUUCCUACGGAAGGGUUACCGGCGGGAAAUGUUCAUCGCUGCGCUCUGUUUGACCAGCUACCUCCUGGGGCUCGCCAUGGUUACCAAGGGGGGGAUGUACGUGUUCCAGCUGUUCGAUUAUUAUGCAGCCAGUGGUGUGUGCCUGCUGUGGGUGGCAUUCUUUGAAUGUGUUGCAGUAGCCUGGGUUUAUGGCGCUGAUAAUUUCUAUGAUGCGAUCGAGGACAUGAUUGGAUACAGACCAAAUCCCUGGAUGAAGUGGAGCUGGAUGAUCAUCACCCCUGUGCUGUGUAUGGGAUGCUUCCUGUUCUCGCUGGUCCGGUACAAGCCGCUGACCUACAAUAAGGUGUACCAGUACCCGGACUGGGCCAUUGGGCUCGGGUGGGUUCUGGCCAUGGCAUCCAUGAUCUGCAUUCCCAUGGUGGUUGUCAUCAAGAUCAUCCAGUCAGAGGGGCCAUUGAUAGAGCGGAUCAAAGCUGUGGCCGCUCCCGUGAAGGGGGGGGCCAGCUCGCGCCCCCCCGACCACCGGCCGAAGACGAAGACGAAGACGAAGACGAAGGCCGACCUGGCGUACCCCACGGACCCCGAGAGCAGCCAGGGUCUGCUGCAGCCGCCGCAGACCAUCGUAGAGACCAUGAUGUAAUCUCUCCGCCAGAGCUACGCAACGGCCCGCUAACUCCCCGGCCGCGCUGUCGCUAACUCUCACAGGCGUAGGAGCAGGUUUACGUCGGCUACACAUCUAUCUGCACUAGGAGCAUUUUUUGUUUUCUACAGAAUAAGAUACAUAUUGUCGUUGUUGUUGUUGUUUUUUUUUCUUUUCUUGGUGCUUUUACUAUAUUUUGUAUGAUAUUGUUACUGGUUUUAUCAUCGCUGUAGCUUGUGGAAGAAUCGGACUCGGAUUGAGGCAGUGUUGUAUAAUAGGGUUAAAGCUCAGUUUAGCCGUUUCUGACCUCCUUCCUGUAGGGGGGGGCUGUG